AUGGACGGACUCCUUCGUGCAAUUAUUGUGUUAUUGCUCACUUCAUCGAUACAUGCUACUUGUUCAACUGAUGGAGAAAUUGUACUGAUGGCUAGUGGGGAUGACAGUAUGGCUAUUGUUAUUGAAGCCGAUUGUACUCAUGACUUGAUAGACGUACAAAAGGAGGAACUUACGGCUAGCACGAUGGGAAUUACAAAAGUCCUGAGUGCUCCGAACAUACCCACAAUUGACUUAUCAUUGAACAAUAUUUCGUCUGUGGCCGUCGCGAACUUAACGACUUUAAGUAAAUUGACAUUAACAUCAAACAAACUCACAAGUUUCAAAGAUUUGGAAGUUCCUGAGUCUCUCAUGUAUUUGGAUGUUAGUUGGAAUUCCAUCACAUCCUUCGAUGGCAUGGCAUUACCAGAUACAAUGACUCAAUUAUUUCUUGGUGGAAAUCCCAUUACAUCUGUAACAGACGUCACAUUUCCAUCAUCAUUAACGCUUUUGUAUAUUCACAAUCUUGAAAUGGCAACAUUAGAAGGUGCUACGUUUCCUGAUUCAAUCGAGUACUUAUCUCUUGUUCAAUCUGGUUUAUCAACUUUGGAUGGAGUUCGAUUUCCAACGAAUUUACAUUACAUAGACUUUUCAUUCAACUUAAUCACAUCAUUACCAACUGGUCUUCCAUCUACAGUCGUUCAAAUCACUGCAACAAACAACGAAAUUACACAAUUAACUGCUUAUUCAUUUCCAUCAAGUAUCACUUCUCUCAAUUUCUCAGGAAAUCCAAUUAAAUUGAUUCGUGGUGUAUCUUUUCCAAUGGCUUUAACAAAAUUGGAUCUUGGAACACAUGAAAUUACAAGUUUUGAAAUUUCACGUUCGGAUUAUUCAACAAUGAAAGAUUUGGAUCUUCUUGUUGCAAAUGUCGUUCAAACAACUUGUUCAACGUCUGGUGCUGAACUUGUAGCUGUUUCGGGAUCAAGUAUUUGUGUUAUUUCAGAUGAAUUAUUUGAAAGUACAUAUGGUGAUGCAUUAUCCAAAAGUACUGUCACAGCUCCUGUUCCAAGUAGUAAUGGUAGUUCAACAGUUUUAAUUGUUGUGAUUUGUCUUGCUGUGGUCUUAGCUGCAGCACUUGCAGCAUUUGCAUAUCGAUCAUAUCGUGUACGACAAAGCAAGGAAAGUUCCAUUCGAUUAGAUGGUAAUAACUUUUUCAAUAAUACGAUCUUGGAUACAGCAUCACCACCUGGACAACAUCAUAAUCAUGAAAUCCAAGAUUCGAAUUCAUUUCAUUCAGUUUUUAAUGGUAAAAUGACGAUGAUGGGAGGUACAGCAAUGGAAUCAGCUUUAAUUAAAUAUCGUGUACCUGCAAGUGAAGUUCAUCUUGAACGAUCAAUUGCAAAAGGUGGAUAUGGAAUUGUUUAUCUUGCAUCAUAUCAAAAUCGUUCAAUUGUUGUGAAAAAGAUUUUACCCGAAAAAGCUGCUGAUGAUCGAAAUCUUCGUGCAUUUAUUGAAGAGAUUAAACUCAUUUCAUCAUUAUCUCAUUCCAAGAUUGUACGUUUUAUUGGAGUAAGUUGGAAUAUGUUAUCAGAUAUGGCUGUCUUGAUGGAAUAUAUGCCAAAUGGAGAUCUCGAUAUGUUAUUAAAACAACAACAUGAACGUCAAGAAUUAUAUCCAAAAGAAUUUGAUUGGUAUCAAAAUUCUUCUGUCUUACCAGCUAAAGCUUCUAUUGCUUUAGAUGUUUUAGAAGCAAUUGUUUACUUACAUUCAUUUCCAUCUCCAAUUAUCCAUCGUGAUCUCAAGUCAAAGAAUGUACUUUUAAGUUCAUCAUAUGAAGCAAAAUUAAGUGAUUUUGGAAUAAGUCGUGAAUGGCAAGUUGAUGCUACAAUGACAGCAGGAAUUGGAACAAUGGCUUGGAUUGCACCUGAAGUUUUACGUGGUGAACGAUACACUGAAAUGGCAGAUAUUUACUCCUUUGGAGUGAUUUUAUCUGAACUUGCAACGUGUAUUAAACCAUUUGAUGGAGUGACAAAUGCUUUGAUUGUAUUGAAAGUUACAAGUGAAGAAAAACCAGAUUUGGGAACAAAAUGUCCUGAAGAUAUUCGAGAAUUAGCUGAAAGAUGUUUAAGUUUUCACGCUAGUGAUCGUCCAAGUGCUAGUGUCGCACAUUACGAAUUGCGUACACUAUUGAAGCUUCAUUCAGCGUUUGAACUCUAG